AUGGACCCGCCGGAGAUGACGGCGACGACCCAGGACCCGGAGAUCGCCGGCGCGUCCAACGACUCGGAGCGCAUCGAGCGGCUCCGGGCCCAGCGGGCCGCGGACCGCGAGGCGCGGCGGGCCCAGCACCUCAUGGCGACGAGCGGCGGGGCGCCCAUGGACGCGGCGCAGGCCGCCGCGGAGCGGCCGGACCCGGAGCGCUUCGCCGCCGCGGGCCUCGUGCCCACGGACGAGACCAUCCUCCGCGCGCGGCGCGAGUACUACCCGGACGUCGAGGCCGAGUUCCUCAAGGAGGACAUCCGCAAGAACAAGGAGCAGAUCGCCGGCUGGGAGCAGCGCGCGACGAGCGUCGUCGACAUGCUCGCCGAGGCCCAGCGCAAGAUCGACGAGGCCAUGAACAUGGCGGAGCUCGACGACGAGUAA